AUGUAUCGCAGGUUGAUCACAAGGAAUUCACACCGCUCUUUUGCUGUUCUAAAGGGUCUCAAGAACGUAGAGAAGCACGCACCAACGGAACAACCUGAAUUGUUCAAACCAUUCUCAGAGGCACAGUUGGCGUACCUAGAACGAGUUGUUAGAGUUAAUCAAGCAGGAGAGCUAGGUGCCAAUUACAUUUACGCUGGUCAGUUUUUCGUACUGGCUAAUAGAUUUCCACAUUUGAAGUCAGUAUUGCAACAUAUGUGGGAUCAAGAGGUACAUCAUCAUAACACUUUCAAUGAGCUGCAAUUGAAACGCCGCGUGAGGCCUAGUUUAUUGACACCGCUAUGGAAAUUCGGUGCUUUUGCCAUGGGUAGUGGGACUGCUCUUAUAUCGCCGGAGGCCGCGAUGGCGUGUACCGAAGCAGUAGAGACAGUCAUCGGUGGCCAUUAUAAUGAUCAGUUGAGGUGUCUUAAUAGCCAGUACGAAAUGCAGACCGUCCAGGGCGCCGAGGGUAAGAGUUUGGAACUUCAAAGUCUCACUUCGACCAUCAAAUUAUUUCGAGACGAGGAACUUGAACACUUGGACACUGCUGUAGAUCAUGACGCUCAUAAAGCAGUCCCUUAUAUUUUGCUCACAGAAGGUAUAAAGGCUAUCUGCAGGACAGCCGUGUGGACCGCAGAAAGGAUCUAA